AGCUUCAAUUCGCACCCAGAAAAUUAAAGAUUUUCUUGUCCGCCCAUCAUAUAUAUCCAUGGCGAUCGUCAGGGAAGAUGGGGUUUCAUUAUCAACGGUAGAUGCGGCGCCAAGUCACUUCAUGCUCAAGAUUCAAUCCGUGUCGUUGCUUACACAAUACAAAAUACAGAAAUACACGUCCACUCCGUUCGAGGCCGGAGGCUACAAAUGGGAGUUGAUUUUCUACCCAAAUGGAAACCGUGUUAAGGACCACAUAUCUAUGCACCUUGCGGUGGCGGACACCGGCGGUUUCCAACCCGGCUGGGAAGUCCACGCCGUCUUCCGCCUCUUCUUGCUUGAUCAAAACAAUGACACCUAUUUCGUCGUUCAAGAUGCAGAGGCGGGAAAAGGAAGGCGAUUUCGUGGGACGAUGAGGGAAUGGGGAUUUGAGAGAUUCAUCUCUCUAACAACGUUCACAGACUCUUCAUACGGAUACGUGGUGGACGAUGUAUGCGUGAUUGGCGCAGAGGUUUAUGUCCAUAAAGAAUUUAAAUCCCCAAAAGGGGAAACAAGAUUCCCUAGAGGAGAGUGUUUGUCAAUGUUUAAAGACCCCGACCCCGCCAAGCACUACUGGAAAAUUUAUAGUUUUUUUGCCCUACAGCGCCACUACCACGAGUCUAAUACCUUCCAACAAUGGAGAAUGCGGGUAUAUCCAAAGGGAAUGGAUGGCAAGGGCACCCACUUGUCCUUAUCUUUACAUAUGGAGUUGGGCAAUGAAGCCAAGGAGCAAGCCCCUUCUCGCAUAUAUGCAGAGUUCACACUACGUCUAAUCGAUGAACGUCGUCAUCAGAAAAAUUUUACCAAAAAAGAAACUCGAUGGUUAAGCCCCUCCACAACUCGUUGUGAAUGGCCACAGUUUAUACCUAUGGAGACUUUCAAGGCAAGCUUUUGGUCGUCGUCCAAGGACAAAUGCGUCAUAGAUGCUGAAGUUAGAAUGCACGGGGAGACUAUACCUCUUCAUUAUUCUUGACCAUAUAAACCAACUCCAAAAUGAAGACUAUAUUACAAUCUAUUCUAAUGUUGUGUAAAAUUAUUGAGAUCUUCGGAUUUGAUAUGAUCUUUCAUGUUAUGUAUGAGGUUAUCAUUUUGCUUUGGCAGCUCAUCCAAAUAAUAAAACAACGUUUUCACUUGAGUGUA